AUGAAAAUAUUAGACUCUCAAGGCAAACCCGUACCAAGACACAAAUUCAUCAACUCCCAAGGACCACCCGUAUCAAGAAAUCAAACCAUCGGCUCCCAAGGACCACCCGUACCAAGACACGAAUUCAUCAACUUCCAAGGACCACCCGUAUCAAGAAAUCAAACCAUCGGCUCCCAAGGACCACCCGUACCAAGACACGAAUUCAUCAACUCCCAAGGACCACCCGUAUCAAGAAAUCAAACCAUCGGCUCCCAAGGACCACCCGUACCAAGACACAAAUUAAUCAACUCCCAAGGACCACCCGUAUCAAGAAAUCAAACCAUCGGCUCCCAAGGACCACCCGUACCAAGACACGAAUUCAUCAACUCCCAAGGCCAAUCCGUACUAAGACAUCAAACCAUCAGCUCCCAAGGACCACCCGUACCAAGACACAAAUUAAUCAACUCCCAAGGACCACCCGUAUCAAGACAUCAAACCAUCGGCUCCCAAGGACCACCCGUACCAAGACACGAAUUCAUCAACUCCCAAGGACCACCCGUAUCAAGACAUCAAACCAUCGGCUCCCAAGGACCACCCGUACCAAGACACAAAUUAAUCAACUCCCAAGGACCACCCGUAUCAAGAAAUCAAACCAUCGGCUCCCAAGGACCACCCGUACCAAGACACGAAUUCAUCAACUCCCAAGGACAAUCCGUACUAAGACGUCAAACCAUCGGCUCCCAAGGACCACCCGUACCAAGACACGAAUUCAUCAACUCCCAAGGACCACCCGUAUCAAGACAUCAAACCAUCGGCUCCCAAGGACCACCGGUACCAAGACACGAAUUCAUCAACUCCCAAGGACAAUCUGUACCAAGACAUCAAACCAUCAGCUCCUAA